AACCAUACCUGGUUUGGUAUCCCAGGGCCACAUGUUCAACAUCCCGAGAUCUUGCAGUUCCGUAGCUCAGCCUCGGCUAGAGGUAUGGGUACCAUACCGCGUGUGCCGAAAGUGUCGUCGGCUUCCAAACCUGAUUCUUUCCUGCCUUUCCAAAUCUCGUCUCGCACUAGGUAUUCCCGAUUGCGGCGGACCCUACAGCACAACGCGCUCCCAGAUCAGCCCUCGCUGGCACAUAUAGCACGGGUGUCGCAUUUUGAAUCGCCGCUAGUAUAUCGGGAACACUCGGGCGACACCCCCAGGGCCCCCAAGGCCAGCCGACGACGUCGCCAUGGGCUCCGAUCAUCGCAAACCCUCGCCAGCCCACCCCACCGGCGACGCGAAUUCGACCAGCAGCGGCCAUUGGGUUCCCCUGCUUGCCUCGCACCCUCUGGCUCCCUCCCAACCCCGUGCCUCUCGUCGCAUUCCCAGACAUUCUCUCAUUCGGUUCUCAGCAGACGCUCAUCGAAGUCCCUGGUCCCACCAAGUGGAAAUAGUAUAAAUAGACCAGGGGCUUCCCUUUCAUUCAUCAGUCUCGACUGAAGCUACUUCCUACAUCCUCCUACCUUACCUUCGAGUUUCCUGCCGGUUAUUCCUGAAGCCUUUCGUUACCAGCUGUCUAUUACCAGCACACGAGCUCUACACGAAUCAGCAUUCGCUUCUACCCCGUUAACGACAUGGCUUGCGUCGGUGCUGAGCGUGCCUGCGUGGACGUCGAUGCUCUGUUCUCGAGCUGCUGGGAGCAAGAUGCCUCCCUGACUCGCUUCGUCUGCAGCAUGAUCUCUGCUCCUCGCCUGGCCGUCGUCCGUUGGAUUAGGUCGGGCAAGCAAGCUGCAGUCGAAGUGCAGCCGGUUCCCGCUCUUCAUGCUGUCACCCUACCAGUCAUCGCUCUUCUGGUCGAAGCGGCGUCUGCUGAUGCAGAGCCAGAAACCGUCAACGAUCCGACUGAGGCUGGCAAGGCGGAUGUUGCAAUUGUGACUGCUACCGUUUCGCUUGACACUGACGAAGCAGAGGAAGUGGAGAAACCGGAGGAGGAAGCUUCUUCUUUUGCGGUUGCAGAGCCAGAGAACGUGGUUGCUUCUCUUCCUUCUGCGACUACUCGUACCUCGGUUAAGGUUGCUGCCUGGUUGAGUGGGAAAUCAGAGUCGGAGGAGGCACAGCAGGGUGUGAAGGUGGGAGCAGAGGCGAGCAGCGGGUGGAGCAGCAUGAGUCGCAGUGAGAGCAGCUGCAGCAGCCACAGUGCGUGCCUCAUUGACCUCGCCUGGGACUCCUGCUCCUCCUCCUCUGCUCACAGCCUUUGCUCCUCCUCCUCUGCUAAUAGCCUCUGCAUCACUCCCAAUGGAUUGGUCACGGAGUUAGCUGCUGUGAAGAGGGGAAUUGGCCGAGGCAUUUCCAGCAGUGGGAAGGGAUGGUGCAUGGAGGUGAAGAGGUUUGGGAAGGCGGAGGCUGGGAGUACUUUCUCAAACCAGCUGUUUGGGGAGGAUGAUGAGGAGGAGGAGGGGGAGGGGGAGUGUGGCAGUAGCAGUCAUGGCCUCAAGGCUUUUGGUUCAGGGAAUAUGUGCUACAUGAACCAGCUGUACCUGGAUGAGGCGGAGGAGGAGGAGAGGGAGGCACUGGCAGCAUCAGGCAUCUCGGUUGACAUUGGUAGAUUUGGUGCCAGGCGGAGAAUUUCGGGUUCUAGCAGCUGGGUUACUCUCCGCAGAAUGAGCAGCGUGCUGAGGCAGUUCUAGGUGUCUCUUUCUCUAGGAAAUAGGUCUGCUGUAGUGCAGUAGCAGCUGUGGCUGGCACCAGAGUAACUAGACUGCCCUAAAGUGGCAUGCGUCUAGAACCUGGUCUUGUAUAUUAUUGUUUAUGAACAC